ACGGGGCCUGCCGGGGAUGGCGGGGCGGCGGUGGCGGAGCGGGGCGGGCAGCCCCGAGCGCGCCGCUGCCGAGCGGGCCCCGAGGAUCUACACGAGGACGGGAGACUCAGGAUUCUCCAGCACCUUCACCGGGGAGCGGCGGCCCAAGGGCGACCGGAUCUUCGAGGCCCUCGGAGCCACGGAUGAGCUGAGCUCGGCCAUAGGGCUGGCCGGUGAGUUUAGCAGUGAAAAGGGUCACACGUUUGUUGAUCAACUUCAUAAGGUGCAGUGCAUGCUGCAGGAUGUGGGCUCCAACAUUGCCACGCCACUCUCCUCAGCCAGGGAGGCUCACCGCAAACGAACAUCAUUCAGCGAGAAGCCCAUCCUGGAGCUGGAGCAGUGGAUUGACAGCUACUCAGAGCAGCUGCCUCCCCUCAGAGCCUUCAUCCUGCCUUCUGGAGGCAGGAGCAGUGCUGCUCUCCACUUGUCCCGAGCCGUGUGCCGCAGGGCUGAGAGGUGUGUGGUCCCUUUAGUGCAAGCAGGGGAAGCAGAUCCAAACGUGGCCAAGUAUUUAAACAGGCUCAGUGAUUAUCUCUUUGUCCUGGCACGUUAUGCUGCAAUGAAGGAAGGGAAGGAAGAGAAAAUCUACAUAAAACCUGAGCCCUAGCUGGGAGCUGGAAUGUUCUGUCCUUGAUCAUGGAAAACUAAAUCCAGCUGACUGCUUUUGUCCAUCAGGGAAGGGAGAGAGAACAAGCCUGGACUGGAAAUGGGAGCUGCCAAGGAUUUCCAUGUGAAAUAGCCAGGACCUUGUUGAUAAAUCCUGAGAGGAAGAGAAUCACAGAAUAUCCUGAGUUGGAAGGGACCCAAACACACCUGUCCUGUUCCCUGGGCCUGGCCCACACAUCCCAUGUGGGGAUGGCUCUGGAGCCACUGCUUCUCCCAGCUGGGAGUAGAGGCAGGAGAAUUCCAUAACAUUUUGGAGAUGCCUUCAUUUCCCUGGGCAGCAGCAGGUGCUGUGGGAAGGCUCUGACAGGACUCUGAGGGAUGAUGAAAGGAAAACAAUCAGGAAAACAAUCAGCUCCUCCUCUGAAGUCACAGUGCUCGUAUGGAGCAGCAGCUGGAGGCCUUUGGGAAUUGUGUCCACAGCUCUGAAAUAAUAAAUGUGAAUUUCCUUGUACCAAAGGGCCACAAACUGUCACGUUUUAGCAGCGAGCCCUGUGAGCUUUGCUGCUCCAAGUCCCUUCCAAUCCAUCAGCUCUGGCUGGAGCUGAGCUGCACAGAUUUACAGGAAUGCACCAAGAAUUCCUUGGCUUUGCUGCCUCUUGUUGUGCAUGUGAGGAAUUCUCUGAGCUGACAAUCCAGGGCAUCCUCUGCCAGGAACAGCAUGGAGGGGGUGAAGCAGGAAAGGCCACAUCCCAGGGUCUGUGUGCUGGGGGUGUCUCCAUGGGGAGCUGUCCCUUGGAAUGGUGGGUCCAGCUGCAGGAACAGCUGGGGGAGCAGAGCCCAGGGUUUGGGAGCAUUGAGGGUGCAGGAAAAGGGGGUUGGGGUGAGGAGCAGCACCCCAAGGGCCCCUGGAAUGUUUGUCCAUGGAACCCUGGGCAGAGCAGGCUGGAGAGAGCUCACAGCCACAUCACACAAUUCCAGCUUGGAAAUACAACUGGGAGGAACCCAUGUGAACCCUGCUGGUGUCAUUUUCCCCCCUGGGAAUGCUGUGGGCUGCAAGGUGGUGAUGCCCAUCCAGGGCUUGUCCAGCUUUUAAAUCCAUCCUGCCCCUUUUCCCAUUCAAUUAUUUGAGUAGAAGCAACCUUCAACUUGUUCUCCAAGGAAUCUCUGGCUCUGUGUCCCUUUCUGGGCAGUGAGGAAUGCCCAGGAAUGAGUGAGGAGUGCCCAGCACUAACAAUCACUCACCUGGGUUUGAGGCAGAUAUUUCAUAGCUCUUGUUAAUGCCCAUUUUUCAUGGAGUAAUUUUCCAAGCCUCAGCCUGGAACACAUCCCAGUGACAAAUGCUCUGGAUUUGGAUGGUCCCAUCAGCUGCAGUGUCACCUCAGCCAUUCCCUCUGCCUGCUCCUGCCAGUUUUACGAGAGCUCUGGCUCUGGGACUGAACCUCAGGAAUCAAGAGGCUUUUCAAGUUUAAUUUAAUAAAAUCCUUUGCAAUAUAAA